CCGCCGUCGUACAUCUCGCAGGCCCUCACAGAAGCGCUCGAGAGCCCCGUCACCCAGGACGUGUACAACCUCGCUGCCACCCUCGGACACACCACGCAGCACGACGACGACGCCCACCUCGACGUCGAGAGGUUGGACGCGACGCUGGACCGCCACCAGGCGCGCGUGGACCGCGCGCGCGACCGGGCGCUGGAGCAGCGCGAACGCAACGAGCUCGAGCGGCGCGACCAGAGCGACCGGCUGCGGCGGGUGAUGAACCGCCUGGAGCGUCUGCAGGGCCCUUAUCGCACCACGGCGACUGCCAGCGACCACGCCCGCACUGCUGCGUACGGCGACCGGGUCCCCAGCCGCAAUAGCCUCUACGACUGGUCGCCCGCCACCGAGGGCGACGACGACACCGAGCUUGAGGGCAUCCUGGCCGAGCUGCGCCGCGAGCAGCCAAACACCCACCCCGAGAUACUGCGCGUGCUGGGCCGCUCGCAGCUCGACUCGGAGCGAGAGCGCUCGCGCGCUGCUGUGUCGCGGCUGCUGCAUUCCUCGCAGCCAUCGCAGUCGGCCGACAGCUCUCUGAGGUCUGCUGCGCUCCUCCAAUCUGUGCGGAGGAACCCCAGAUUCUCUGCCCGCAGCCGCGAUCUUGCCCAGCGCUAUGUUGACAGAGAUGCGACCAACAGAUCACCCCAUCCGAGCGAGUGGCGGGACAGGUCCUACUUGACAUCCGAGUCGACGCGCGCCGCCAUGGACCGCUUGGCGCAGCGACGGACGUCGGCAGAGCAGAAUCGAGAUCGCGACAUGCUGCAGCGGGUCGACUCGUAUCGUCGUAGCUAUCUGGAACGUGCUUCAAACCCCCCGUCCACCAUCUCGCCCAUGUUGGAACAGACCAUCAAGUAUCUUUCGCAGAUACGCCAUUCGAGCAACAAUGACGAUAGCUUGAACUAUGCCAUAGAUGCAGGCUUCCUCGCCAAGGACUACUUCGUACAGGACCAUCAGGACUUUGUGCUCGACCCGUUUACGAUACCACCGCCCGCGGAAACAUCGUGGUUGGCACCCGGCGCCGUGUUAUCCGGCUGCCAGCACGCUACAAAUGUCACGUCAACUGUCACGACCGCUGGCUCGGGCACCAGCACAACGCUGUAUCGUUUCACCCACACCGGAAAUAGACUCUCCGACGCACGUACUAUAUACAAUUCGCCCAGGAAUCGAACCUCGCUUUCUCCACCCGACGUCGUGACGUCGCACUCCCCACAACAAGACCGCUGGCCUGUCAAGGUCACCAUCCACUCGGUAGACUACGACCGGAUGGCUCUUUCCGCGACCAUGGAGGCGUACAACGUUCCUAGCCAUCCGCAUAGUCACCAGUCUAUACUCAGCAGCUCCGACCUCGCGCCCUCCUUUACACGCACCUCAUCCAUCACCACAUAUCUCGAAGGCGAGAUCCUGGAUUUCAGCACGCAUACCCUACUCACAGAAUCGUUCAAAUCCACCGCUGGAAACGAUGCGACGUAUUGGAGGAAACUACCUAUAUUCCAGGGCAUGACAGACGACGAUGUGGUGCGUUGUUUGACUAGUAGGACAUGGUUCGAAGAGGUUUUGAGCAAGGAAUGGAUUUUGAUGCGUUGGAAAGAAAGGUGCUUCGUCAAGUCCCUCAACCGCUCCACGGCAGGUUCGAUACAACCCCCGGCAUCAACGACCAUACCACCGGAACCUACGCGCCACUACACUUCGCUCUCUGCGUCUUCCUCAGACCCGGCGCAUAUCUGGGGUGAUGGCAGUAGCUUCCGCAGCGGCGGAGACCCUGAGCACACCUCUUUCGACGACUCAGGGUGUGGCCUCACGAUCAGUGGGUUCUACUACGUGUGUCUGAGACGCAGCGACGGGAAGCUGGAGGGUCUGUAUUUCGACCCGCAGAGCAGCCCAUAUCAGUGUCUGAAGCUGGAGAGUGUGAGGGGAGGCGUGUUCCCCGCGUGGGGGUUUAGAUAA